AUGGCUCCUCUCAUGAAACUCCUUGUUCUCUUCGUUGCUGCCACUCCGGCGAUUGCCGCCCUGGGUAAGAUCGGGACCACCACCAACCACAAGGGCAACCCCCUCGGUGUGGGCAAGGAUCUCUGCGAGAACAUUGGCUACACUGGCCCCCCUCGCGAUGUCAACAAACGCCCCUUCCUCGAGGAUUGCAAGAAGCUUCUCAGCAAUGCCGAGACCAUGGGCGACAACGAGGACUCGACUGUCGUGUACAAGGACAAGAACCGUAUCUACUGGAUGGGCAAGCAAGAUGUGAUCGAGCUCCUCCGCAUGGUCACCACUGGCACCAACAUCCGCGAGGAUCGCCUUUCAGCUCGGGGUGAAGCCUACAACUGCCUUGUCACGGAUCUUGAGGAGUACCCCGUCGGCAAGCAGUACAUGGAGUUCCUUAUCGACGACCCCGCCAACUUCGAAUUCCCAUUCCGCACCACUUGCCAAGACAACUAA